CAAUAUCGUUCUAAUUUUAGUAUAUGCCCUCCUUCGGGAGGGAUAAAUAAUUUUCAUAAACCAUUCCAUUCGUCACAAAACACUCUGUUCGUACAUACAUCUUGCAUGACUUUGUUCUUCACAUAAAAGAUCUACGUGCGUAAUACACCCACAUGAAUAAUGUAAAUAUGCACGUGUACCUUGCCGAAAUGCUUUCUUCUAUUCUUGACAGUUGCUUAAUUGUUAAAUGGAGUUUAAGAGCUUUUAUUACGCAGACGAGUUUUCCAGCAGCAUCAGUAGCUUGCAUAUUGGUUGAGAUUCAGACGACUAACUGUCAACAUUCUUUUCAUGGGAGAAAACCGAGUUUUGGCUUUUACUUCCGAUGACCAAGAAGUAGAUGCGGUGGCGUUUCUCUUGCUUUGCUCAACUUUCGGGAUUCGGGUAGCCUGGUUGGUUGCAAAUGCUGCUGAGGAGAAGUGAUUUUCAGAUAAAAUUGUCUCAACCUUCCAUCAGUUGCUCAGUCCAGUUGAGACUUCGGGGUUUGAAACAUUCAGAGCAACAAUUGAACACCACAUCAGUCACGUACAAAUCAGGCAUAGCGAAUCCAUUCGUCACUUCAAAAUUCUAGAACAAAAAUCACAACAAGUACAAGUAAACAUCCGUAUCUCGUCAAGUUGAAAUGUGAAAGUUGAUCAGGUUUAAUUACAUUUUGCAUUCUCAAAUUUUGCACUAAACAGAUCGUGGUCGUGAAUGGUCAGUGAGCAGAUUCAUGAGACAUGCAAGUGCUGAUUGACAUUGAAAAAAUAGUGUUCAGUGAAAUAGAACUUUGUACAUAAUUAAAUCUCGUUCGGAGUAGAAUAGCAAUAUUUUAACGUACUGAUUUCCAAAUUAUGUAGAACAGUAGUUUGACAGCAAAGAAGAUUUUUACUUGAACAAAGCACAAAAUAAACUAUCAAGAUGAAUUGCACUUUCACCUUCAAGGGGACAUCUUUCAAUGGGGAUAUUGACUGCGAGGACGGAAACCUUACCAGAUCCGAUGUAGGGGUGGAACCACUAUGGGGCGAAGACGGGGAGGAAAUAUAUCGUCACUCUCGACCUGUGACCUUUGUCCUCAUCGGAGCCUACAUGCUGAUCUGCGCUAUUGGGGUGGUAGGAAACAGCCUGGUGGUCGGGGUGGUACUCAAGUCUCCCCGAAUGAGAACGGUCACGAAUCUAUUCAUUCUCAACUUGGCUGUGGCUGACCUUCUUGUCAUCCUCUUCUGCCUCCCACCUACUCUCCUCUCGAACAUCCUUGUCCCUUGGGUCCUUGGCUGGUGGAUGUGCAAAACUGUCCCUUAUGUCCAGGGCGUCUCGGUCUGCGCAUCAGUCUACUCUCUCGUCGCCGUCUCUUUGGACAGAUGUUCCGCCAUUUGGUUUCCGCUGGGAGGUGGUUUUACCCGUCGCAAAGCACGUGUCAUCAUUUUCCUGAUCUGGGUUGUAUCUUGUACGCUCGCCCUUCCGUGGGCACUCUAUUUUGACCUCGAGACUCCCGACUCGACCCACCCUCAGAAUCAGUUUUGCUUGGAAAAGUGGCCAGCCGGGAUGGACGGGGACCUUUACUUCCUCAUCGGGAACAUGCUCCUCUGCUACGUCCUGCCCCUAAUUGUGAUAUCCUUCUGUUACCUUCUUAUCUGGUUGAGAGUGAUUUAUCGCAACGUCCCCACCGACUCUGUCGCCACUCUUCAGAAAAUUCAUCACAAGGCGAAGAUCGGGGUGCUCAAGAUGUUGGUCGUCGUGGUUCUCGUCUUUCUCCUGAGCUGGCUACCUCUCUACUCCAUCUUUGCACGCAUCAAGCUGGGCAGUGCUCUCUCUGCCUGGGAGGACCACUUUUUUUCCACAGCCAUUCCAAUCGCCCAGUGGUUGGGGUCGUCAAACUCGGCCCUCAACCCGAUAAUUUAUGCAGCGUUGAACGUCAAGUUCAGAAGAGCUUUUCUUUACCUGCUCCCCAAAUGCUGUAAUCCACAUCCACCCUGUCACCCGAACAUGACCAAAUCAUCACUUAUGCAGAGGAACCAAACUUCCCUGUACAACGUGACCGGGGUGUAAGAAAGUGAGGUGAGGCUACAUCGAGCACAUUCACAAAGCUCGAUGUCAGGUAAUUCCGUGGUUUUCGAGUACAAGAGCAAUUUUGCAGAUUAAUGGAAGGAUACAAAUUUACGAUUACCAUUUUGAUAUUGCAAUUUGUUUAUUUACAUUUGUACAAUUAUUUUUUGCAUUGUUUUCAAGGUUGAUACACGAUAUUUAAUAUCACAUUUUAGCACGCAUAGAUGUGUAUAGUUAUGUCUGUGCACAAUUGGUUUGUAAUUCAAUUAAUGUAAUUACUAAAAAUAUAUAAUGAGUAGAUGUUUGGAAUCCUAACUUUGGAUGGAACCAAUAGAUUACAGAUUAUACAUAUUAGUGGUAAAUGUAAGGCAAGUAGUGUAUGCAAUCGUGCAUAUGUAGGUACUAAAAGAUAAGCAAUUAAACCCCCACCUGUAUUGCAACCAACUUAAACAUAUAAAUAUAUAUAUUUAAAAUAUUUGCAUAUGUAAUAUCUGUCAUAAGUUAGAGUAGUGAUUUAUGACUCUCCGACCAAAACUGGUGCUGAAUCAAUCAUGCGUUUAUUAUGUGGAUUAAAUUAGACUUGUCGUAAAUAUCUAUAUAUAUUUAGCUAUCAUGAAAUAUCGAUGUGAUCAAUGUCUUAGAUUUAUAUCCAAAUUAACGUGUAAAAUAUUUGUGGCAAAUCGUCAAACACGAUAAAGCGAGUGAAUCGUAAAGAUUCAGGUCUACAUUAGCAUUUUAUGGUGACUCAACCUGACAUUAAUUUUUCUUAGGCUUUGAUUAAAUCAAUAUUUGCUAUGGAUUAAUUUCUUUAAAGGUGACUUUUUAGUAAUAACUAAAGAAUUAUUAUCAGAAUUCAAAUUUUCAGACAGUUUUUGUUUAAAGUUUCUUCAACAUGCUUGAUUUUCUUUGAUGUGAAUCUUUGGAUUUGUAAAUAAAAUCCGACGUAAUCACAGACCUGGAUCUUUAUCACUCACUCCCUGCCUCCGUUUGUGUAGUGUAUAUUUAAUCAGCUAUUAAAAUCUGUAUUGAUAUUAAGUAUUAUAUGAACUGUAAAAGUACCUAAUCCGAAAUGAAUGACUGAAUCGAAUUUCUUUGAUAAAAUGUUUAUAUUGCAAAAAAUAUUUUGUGACAAUUUAAAUUUACAGAGUGGCACAGGAAUGAGCUACAAACAUAGUUAUACAUCGCAUGCAAAAGUACAUAUGUAAGUAGAUGUCUCUAUUUAAGACUAUCAGUGUUUGUGAGGUUAAAUAGCAAGGAAAAAAAAACUAAUCUGUGGUUACAAUCUAGUCCUACAUUAUUAUAUGUUCCACUCUGAUAAUUUGUCGCAAAAGUGUAGUAAAUAAAACGUCCUUCAGUUUUGCCCCCUGUCGCGAUGUCCUCUUAAAUUUACGGUAAUUACUAAUUUCCACAUUCACCCAAAAAAAACUUAAUCUAAGCGUCCUUCAAACGAAUAAUCUGAACCUCUACGCAAUGUGUUUGUGAUUCAAGUACAUUUCUGCUCCCUUACAUGAGGGAAAGUAAGACAAAGACAAAAGUCAACAAUGACAAGUCUUUAUCUCGGAGAAAGUGGCUGGUCAAACGACCCAAGCAACCCUCCUGUCCCGUCUACGUUUACAUAAUUCAGAGAUAAUGUCCCCAGAGUUGAGUGUCCAUACGGAAAUUCUAUAUGAACACUUAGCUCCAUUCUAUAAUAGGCUGGAGUUGGUGAAAGCUCCAUUUCCCUCGUUAAUUGUGAAGCCUCUCGCUUUCCCUUGUGUUUCAGAGUGUACUCUCAUCUUGAACUUCGUUGUCGUCGUCCACGUUGUUUAUCUAGCGUUACAUAAACUUUUUAGAUGCUUAGUCCGUAACUCAUAUGUAUUUGUAAGGUUGUGUGUAAGUAGAAAUAAUAAAGUCUCCUUUUCUCUGUGUGGCGUAUUACGUGAGCAAAUAAACUUUUGUUUCUUUA